AUGUGUGAUGAUGUCUACUACUCGCCGGUAGCGGGUAGUUCCCAUCGUCUUCCGGCCGAUGCCAUCCCGUCUCAAGAGCUUCAAAUUGAACCUAAAAAUGCUGAGGAAUGGGUGGAAAUUGUCGAGCCACAGACGAAGCAACACAUGUACGCCAAUUUGACGACUGGCAAAUGCGCGUGGGAUCCACCGAUUGGGACUAGGGUCAAGCGCACGCAUGAAAAUCAGUGGUGGGAGCUUUUUGACUCGAAUACGAACCGCUUCUACUACUACAAUGCUGCGUCUUCCAAGACAAUGUGGGCCCGCCCGACAGGUGCCAAUGCGGAUAUCAUCCCGUUGGCAAAGCUCCAGACCCUGAAAGAAAACACCGAUCAAGCUGAACAUGCACGGGCUCGACGCCAUUGUGAGACGCAGACUUCACCGGCCGUCAGAAGAGCCAGAGAGAAACGGGAGCGGGAGAUUAUGGAAUGGACUGGCGGUGUCUUCUCGCAACAACCCACGCUAGUUAUGGGUCGAAGCCCUAGCUACAGCCAUCGGGAAUUGGACACUUCAUUUGACAUGCUCUCACUCGAUGACAUGUCAGAGCGGUCUCUGACGUCUUCACAGGUCAUCCGUAAUCUUCCCCCAUUCCCGACUGGCCCCGGCCGGCUUUCAACGGCUCCUUCUGCCGACAGCAUUCCGACGCGUUCGAGCAGGUCAAGCUCCCCUCCGAGCCAACAGAAAAGAUCGGCGUUCACGUUCUCGACCAACACGGCCCCAAAAACCAAGUCUGGCGGCUGGUCAAAAGAUGCACCGAAGGCACCGCUGACUGCACCUGACAAUAAGGCUUUGAAAAAGGAAGUGGCUCAAAUCUUCAAAGCAAUUCAAUCCUACAUGGGCGAUCGCAAGAGCAAGUCGACACCAGAUCAGUUGGCUCUCUCCCUUUGCGAGUUGACAUUCGGACGGAAAGAUUGCGCUGACGAAGCUGUCGCCUUGCUGAUGCAGCAAUUGACCGACAAUAUUCGACCGGAUAGCUUGAGGCGAGGCUGGGAAUUGCUUGCUAUCUUGCUGGCAUUGGUGUCUCCCUCCCCCGAUAUGGCGGAAAAGGUGGCCGUAUUUCUGGAAAGGAACUCGGACAGUCUCCUGGAUUCGCCGGAGGUUGCUGUUUCCAAUUUCGCGCACCAAUGUCACAAGCGGCUCGAGAAAAGCCAACCGAAGACGAAGCCGACCUUAGCCACCGUCCAGGAAUCCCGUGUUCACAUCUUCAAUCCUCCCCAAUUCUCGGCCAAUCUGGACGAAUUGAUGGAGAUGCAAUCGGGCAAAUUUCCACAUCUUCAGUUACCCUGGAUUGAAACUACCUUGAUUGAGCUGUUGAUGCGAGAGGGCGGAACGUUGACCGAGGGGCUUUUCCGAGUUCCGGCCGAUCCGGAACAAAUGAACACUGCCAGGGCCCGUUUGGACCAAUGGGUGGUUCCGGUUUUGCACGACCCCCAUGUGCCAGCGGCUCUUCUGAAGCUCUGGCUUCGUCAACUGCCCGAGCCGCUCAUUCCCCAUCAGUUUUACCAGCGUGCUCUUGCCGGUUGCGAUAACCCAGCUGAAACUGCGCGCAUCACGGAGCUUUUGCCGAACGUAAAUCGACUGGUCCUGGCCAAGCUGAUUUCUCUGUUGCAAGAUCUGGCGCAGGACGACGUCGUGGCGCAUACAAAGAUGGAUAGCUCGAAUCUGGCGAUGGUGAUCGCCCCAAAUGUUUUGAGGUGUGAAUCCGAGGAUCCGAGGGUCAUUUUCGACAACACCCGACGCGAGAUGACGUUUAUGAAGACUCUGAUCACCAGCUAUGAUACAUCUUUCGUCAGAAACGUAUCU